AUGGUUAAAACACAAAAGUCUAACAAAGAACAUACUAUCUCUAAACCUUCUCUAAAAAAUAUUAAAACAAAUAAUUUACUUGAAAAUGAGUCACAAGUUACAAAUAUUAGAAUUACAGAAAAUAAAAUAAAAAAAUCUUCGAAUCGUACUAAUGUGAAGAAAAAAAAAGAAAAUAAAGAACCUAGUUUGGCAGACAGUGACAAUGGUAUAGUCUUAUUAUUGUCAUUUUAUAAUAUUCAAGGUGAACAAGCAUCAAAUGUAUCAUCAAAUAGCUCAUUGCCUUCAAUUAGAAGCCGUUCACCUAAAAAUUUUUAUAGCCAAUACUCACUAACUACCCAGUCUCUUUUAGCAGAAAGGCAUUCACCUGAGAUUUCAAUAAGUGAUAAAGACGAUAGUAGCAAAAGUUUACAAAAAAAUUUCUUCAAUGGUGAAAGUUUACAUUUGCAAGACAAUUUUUCUGAUAUCGAACAAGAGGAUUUUUCUGAGAAGAGCCAGUAUAUCAAUGAUGAUCUCGAAUGCAGUUCUUUUAUAGCUUCAGAUACGUCUAGUAGCAGUAACCAGUCAACGAGCACAGAAGAUUUUGAAUUACAAAUGGAAGAAGAAAAAAAAUUUAACCAAAUUAUAGUAGAUAGUGGACUUGACUUUCAGCCACUAUCUGAAGAGUAUGGCCCGUAUUUUAAAAAUUUUACAGAGAUGUCACUUUUUACUUGGGUCACUAUGCAUAUGAUUACAACAAAGCAAUAUAAAGACCUUGCGACUAUUAUCCAACAUCCCAAGUUUAAUCCUAAACAUAUACCAUCAAUAUCAAUAUCUACCAAAAAUGUUUAUACAAUUUCUGUAAGCGAAUAUCUCAAAAGGGUCCUAGGCAAUAAGGGUUUAAGGUCACAAAUGUAUUUUGGGCCUGGUGUUAAGGCAGAAAUGAAAGAAGAGUUCUGGCAUAGCAAGAUUUGGCAGAAAUCGCCUCUCAUUGGUUUAUCCUCCAUAUCAAUAAAUAAUGAGUUAUGGUUAAGCAAAGUGACCUACUUAAUUAAUCUACCUACUGUUAUUGGGCUAGUUACAGUUUGGCUUCAAGACACACUGGAGCCACCCGCUUAUCAAUUUUGUGUAAGAGAAAUUUUAUAUACCCAUGAAGGUCAGUGGAAAAUAAGGAACUGUAAACUUCGACAUUACUAUCCAAUUGAAUAUAUCCAAAUUCCAGCAUCAGCACCCAAUAAUAAACCAAUACUAAAAAUAAUGUUAGACAUUUAUUAUGAUGAUUUUGGUUUUGUUCUAUUUGGAGUUAAAUUUGACGAUGUAAUGAAACCAAUUGUAAAUGAAAUUAAAGAUCUAGAAAAAGAUACUUUAAUGAAGAUUAAAGGUCAGGACAUGUGGAUAGUUGCCGGCUUAGGUGUAAUAACUGCUGACCUCUCUCAAGGCAAUGACCUUGCGGAUACAAAAUGCCAUAGUGGAAGUCUAGGGUAUAGAAGUUGUCUGGUGUCUAAGGAAUGA